GAUGAAUCCCGUACCACAUCAAAAGAAAACAUCCCAGAAAAAGCCAAUGAAAAUGAGCAACAGUCUUCUCGAGAAGAAGCUUUUCCGCGAAGCAAGCCUAAGAUGUCAUGGAGACAUGGCAGAGGCUCAUCUAAGCAAGGGAGCAGACACAACACCGCUACACCAUACCCUGAUCAUAUGACGUCUUCAGGCAUUCGUUGGCAAGUGGCCCAUCUUUAUGAAAGCAAAGACGAUGACAAGAAUGUCAAGAAAAAGAAGAAGAAAAAGAACAAAAAGCCUCACGAUCCUUCGGAAUCUGGUUCCGCAGCAAUUGUUGCAGGAAUUUGCGCCGGUAUCUUGGUUUUGCUUUGUUUUAUUUCUGGCCUGGUGCGUCUACGGUAAGUUAAUAGUAUAUGUUAUAAGCUGCUCUUCAGCCAGGUGUUUAUGGUGGUUCAUGCAAUGGCUAUGCAGCAAAAGUUAAUCUUAGCUUUUUCCACUGAAAUGUAAAAUAGAGAAAAUUAAUUUCAUUAAAAUCAAAAGGAAUAUUUUUCUAUAGUUUUUCUAUUUUUAGAGCUUCGUGAGAGUUAAAGACAAAAUCCAUUAUGAAAUUGAGUAAUUUGAAAUUGCAGUGGACAAAAACCUUGUACCAGAAUCAUUUCAAGCAUAUUGCAUUCUUUUUCACACUUUUCAAGGGCUAUAAAUGUAAUAAGUUGUACGAAAAAACUCCGAAGAAAAGGUUCUGAUUGGAGCCCAAGAAACCCUUAAAUUUCAAAAGCCUCAAACUUGGCAAAAUGAAAUCUUACGCAUGACGAUUUUACUUGUGUUUUCUCAAAUCCCGUGAAAAUUGAACUUUAUUUUCUUGGGCUCCGGUAAGAAAUUGUCUUUGGUGUUAUUACAGAUUACUUAUUACAUCUGUAGCCCUUAAAAAAGUGUAAAAAAGAAUGCGAUGUAGCUCAAAAUAUUCUGGUGCAAGGUUUCUGUCCAAUGAAAAUUAAAAAUACUCAAUUUCCUAAUGGAAUAAAAUCGCCAGAGUUGUAUAGCAGAAAUUUCAGAACCCCGUUCUAGUGGACUAGACAGUAAAAAUCUCUUCCCCUUCCCAGUUUAAGUAGGAACUAAUAUUUCACUCUUGUUCUUCGCGUUACACUAAUGAUAAGUUUCCCAUAAAUGAUGCUUUAUUUAAGGCCAAUUCCUCUGAUUUCUAUAACUCAUUCAGACAAAAUUCCUUGAAAGCUCUACCCGCGAGACAGCGACGUAUUCCUAUGCCUUAUUUAUAGAGUAGUUCCAAUCCAUCUUAUUACCUUUCAUUUUCAAUGGAGCUACCAAGGGAGGAGUACAUCAGUUUUAGUCAUUCCCUUUUUUUGACCAUUCUCUGUUCAUAGGAGGAAGUGUAAGAAGCGUUCUGGGGAGCCCAGCGACGCUGAACUCGGCUUGGUGACCCCGUGGCCAACAGAACAGGAAGCAGCUGUCAGCGAUGAGGAAAUUAUUUACGAGAAAAAAGUCGCAGGAGGUAAAAACAAAGCAGAAUCCAAAAGUGAAUCUGGCUCAAAGCCCAAGGCCUCCCCUCAAACCGGUCAGAGCAUCAAUUACGCUGCACAUCCACCAGCAAUCCCUAGUAAAGGGCUACGGGGCUUGGAUUUAACUCCUUCAUUUCGCAGCACAGGAACCCCAUUAGCGGAAGAAUGGACUGUUAAUGAAUCUUUCGACUCACUAUACUCUGCAGUCCCAUCCACAGGCUCGUCAAUGUCUGAGCCAUCUAUCUGGACACCAAAUGAAACACCUCCGUCUACUCCAAACAACACGCCUUCCUUGACGUCGGAAUCAGACACAAGGACAGUCUGUAAAGAGUCCUUCCCUAAAAUCAAACUGGAAACUUAUUCUGCUUCUGGCGAAAACGUGACGGCUUCAGACUCCACGGUAAACCAUCGACUCCAGGCCAAGACCUCCGCAGAAUCCUCUUGUCUUUCCAAGGGAUCUGGAGAAAGUGUUCCCAUAGAAUCCGACAAAACCAAUUCCUCAGAAUCGUGUAAGACUCCAGUGGCACCCUUAAACGAAGUUAUUAUAACAAUGGAAGACGAGGAGGAAGUGAAACUGGUGCUGGUUUCUUCGGUUGAGUGUUCGUCGGAGGAAAUUCUAAUGACAGAAAAACUGUUAAAGUCAAAGGAGACCGUGAUUACUGGCGGAAAGGUAUCAAGCAAAAAUGAGAAGGUGUCGGCUUCGUCUCUUGACAGCGGAGAUCGUUAUCUGUUGGGAUCUGGACACGAAUCGUCCUCUGGAGAACUUAUCUACUCAAGUGAGGUUCCCACCAUACCGGAUCAUGCGGAAGUUACUUCAUGUAAACCACCUUUGCCUCCGCCUCCAAUGACACCGCUGACCGCUUCAAGUGAACUCAGGCGAGGUUUGUAAGCAUCGGAGAUUUAGAUUAGACUUUCAAUAUGUCCAGGAAUACCUUCCCUUGCCGCACCUCGUUAGAGCUUCGUCACGCGUUCCCGGAUUGCAUGUCAAAGCCCAAAGUAUGUCUUCGUCUGUGUCCUAGACUAGUUCAGGGCCUAAAUCUGUAUGAGCCACAAUAAUGGCGAAAUAGCUGUCUACGGCUACAACCUCGCUCUUUUUUGGGUUCGAUCGGUGUUUUGUUGAUGUCUUGGAAAUUUAAUUUUCAAGUAUAUUUUUGCUGAUCAGGUCUUCUUUAGAUGAGACGUUCUGUGGCUUAUUCGUUGUGGUCCUUUGCAGUUAAUGUUCAUUUAAACUCAAAAAUCCAAAAAAGUCGAUUUUGCCGGUCUCUUACAAGCGAAAUAUUGCCCUUGUACAGAGGAUUUAAUUUGGGAAGAAAUAAAUGACGAAACUCCUUAUAUAUCCCGGUUGUUCAAACGUUGGAUAGCGCUAUCCACCGGAUAAAUCACUAUCCAGCGGAUAACUGUAUUAGGGAAAUCAAUUACGCUAUCUAUUGGAUAGAUUUUUAUCCUGUGGAUACCGCUAUCCAACGUUUGAACAACGGCGGCCUGGAAACUGAGAGUCUCGAUUCACGCGGUGACGGUUGACUACAGAGUCGAUGUGGCGGUAAAGAUUUCCAUAAGGGCGCGAGGAGGGCAGAACUUUGCAAGCCAUUCAAACUCAGGUGACUACAGAACGACUUGACCGACUUAUCACUCAAUUUCAGUUUAUCGCGUUAUGUUUUUUUUAGACUGCAAGUAGUCCUCAUUUUUCUCGGGUAGGGUGAUUGUCAGGUGCGCUCGUGUUUCGCUCGCUCUACUAUCCCUGAGGAAAAAUAGGGGACUACUCGUAGUCUAUGUCUUUAUUUAUCAUUUUCUUUUCUUUUGCCCUUACAUCCAGUGUUUGUUGUUUCUAUUUCCAGGAAAGCCAUUUGGGGGACGCAAAACCAAGGAAAAUAGGCUCUUCAUUAAACAUCUGACGUCGGCAAACUAUUUCCAAGGUUUCCUUGGUAAUAUAACCUUGGCUAUUUCCAAAAUUCUGACCAAAAACGGGGGAUUCGGAGACAAAAGCAAAGAAAAACGAAGAGUUAUUAGAGAACAGACGAAAGAAACGAGAGCGUCUCUCUUUGAAAGUAUUCUUCUAGCAAAGGUGAAACUAAUACUGUAAAAUAAAGUUAUGACAGCCUAGAUUUUUACUACUGGUGUUCUUUAUUAUAAGAAAAAAAGACGUCAGCCUUGAGAGGUUAUUUUAACUAUUUAUAGUCAUUUUCCAGUUUCGCUAUUUUCGUUCAUAAUUUAUUUCAUAUAAAGGAUUAAGCAUCACAGUUUAGCAAACAGAAGAUACACAUUGGUUACAAACGAAAAAUAGUGACCUAUUUGCUUCUUUUUAAUCAUGAAAUUUCUGCUUUCUGUUAAAACUGAAAUUAAAUUAUUUAUUACACAGGGCAUUAUCAUGAACGAGAACAUGGACACAGCAAGAGAUAAGAAAUGUGCUUCUCGACGUCGUAUCAUCCGCAAGGCAUUCUCUCUCCCCGCCGGAAGCACCCUCCGAUCACACACCCCGCUCUCACAGGAAGUCGCUUUUGCACGCGCUGUCCUUUUUCCCAGCUCCAUUCGUAAAUGGGUUUUGAGAAGAGCUUAUGAAAGAUGCAAGGUAAUCGGGGAGAUUGUGAAGAAAUUGAAAAAUCCUUCCUUUGAACACGUUCUCCAGAUUGCAGCCUCGACUGUCAACCCUGACCCCAUUACAAGAGAUCUGAACGCUAAAGGAAACUAUAAGCGAAGGGUAAGUAGUAAAAAAAACAAAUCAAAGUGUAUUCAUUGCUCAAGUUAAACCUGCAGAAGCCACUCCUGAUCCGGUAUUUAAUGGUCACAGGUACAUUGCUGUUUUAGUGAUUAGUUUUGUACUGGAGUCAGUACUUAAUGCCUUUAACCUUACACAAAAUCUCCUGUGAAAUUGUCAAGAAGAUAUAUAUCACACAAAUUUCGUCAGGGAGCCCUAACCAUAACAAUUUUUGUGUGGGUUUUUCGAUCGGGUAUUGCAUUAAAAUUUAAAAUAGUUGACCCAAUUUUCUCCAGUUGCAAUCCAUGCCGAAAUCUUUGCAAUCAGUAGCAACAAACGAUAGGAACUAGUUUGAAUACCUAAAUAUAGUCUUACAUGUAGAUAACUAGGAAAUUAUUUUUGGAAUUCAGUCGUUUUGAAGACGCGUUGCAGUUUUAAAAUGAUAGAAAACAGUGCGAAUUAGUUCCUUAAAUUUAGGCUUCACAGGGGCAUUAUCAGGACACUGCAAGGGCAUUUGUAUCUUUACUAUUAUCUGGUAUAUAUGAAUCGAAUGUUUAGCAUUUUUGUAAGUUUUAAAUUCAUAAUUACAGUUGGUUCGAUUAGCUCGCUUUAAUCGAUGAAGCUUUAACUCGAUCAGAGCUGAUUGUGAAUUUUUAACUUCAGUCUCUAAUGUCUCUAAUAUAAGUCCGUAGCACCUGAAGUUCAAUCUAAGGUUGUUAUACACGUCCCACGUUGAUUGCAAGGCUACAGGGAUAAGAUUUAACACCCAUACUUAACCUUACUUUUGUUAAUCUCUGUGCUCUCUUUUAGAUCAUGAAGAUCGAUGCACUAAUGCUCCAAAACAAGCGUCAAACGAGUACUUUUUCAUUAGAUAUACAGUUGGGCAGGAACGUAAUUUGUGGACAGUCAGUAUUGAACCACGAAAACAACCCAAAAGAAAAUUGCGACUGUUAUUUUUGCAAAAAGCAUUGGACCAAAAUGGGAGGACGUCCAUCUUUUAAAUCUCAGAGGUUUGUAUGA